AGGAGGAGGAGGAGGGGCCGGAGGGGGGGCGGCGCCCCCCACCGCCCCCGAGAAGCUCCCCGUCCACGUCGAAGACGCCCUCUCUUACCUGGACCAGGUGAAGAUCCGCUUUGGCAGUGACCCUGCCACCUACAACGGCUUCUUGGAGAUCAUGAAGGAGUUCAAGAGCCAGAGCAUCGACACUCCCGGGGUGAUCCGUCGCGUCUCCCACCUGUUCCAUGAACACCCCGACCUCAUCAUUGGCUUCAACGCUUUCCUGCCCCUGGGCUAUCGCAUUGAGAUUCCAAAGAACGGGCGGCUGAACGUGCAGGCGCCACUGGCCGGCCAGGUGUCCCUGGAGCCGGUCCAGAGUCCCCUCUCCGGCGGGGGUGGCAGCCUGAUGCUGCACUACUGCCAGGAGAACGCCCACAACCACGGCGACGGCCCCGAGGACCUCCGCCAGCCCCCGCCCCCGCCGGCCCCCCCGCCGGCCGCAUCCUGCCGGGAUGAGAAGCUGCAGGUGGCGGCGCUGGAGUCGGACUCGGUGGAGUUCAACAACGCCAUCAGCUAUGUGAACAAGAUCAAGACCCGCUUCCUGGACCACCCGGAGAUCUACCGCUCCUUCCUGGAGAUCCUGCACACCUAUCAGAAGGAGCAGCUGAGCACCAAGGGCCGGCCGUUCCGCGGCAUGUCCGAGGAGGAGGUCUUCACCGAGGUGGCCAACCUCUUCCGGGGCCAGGAGGACCUGCUUUCCGAGUUCGGCCAGUUCCUCCCCGAGGCGAAGCGCUCUCUGUUCACGGGGAACGGGCCGUGCGACGCGAGCGGCCUGCCCAAAAUGGACCCUGAGCAGCAGCUGGAGCACACCAAGAAACGGCCCCGGCCUCUCUUCCUCCGCCCGGUGCCCGGCCCGGCCAAGAAGAAGAUGAAGCUGAGAGGGACCAAGGACCUCUCCGUGGCCACGGUGGGCAAAUACGGCACCUUGCAGGAGUUCUCCUUCUUCGACAAGGUGCGCCGCGUCCUGAAGAGCCAGGAGGUCUACGAGAACUUCCUGCGCUGCAUCGCCCUCUUCAACCAAGAGCUGGUCUCCGGGUCAGAGCUGCUCCAGCUGAUCACGCCCUUCCUGGGGAAAUUCCCGGAGCUCUUUGCCCAGUUCAAGUCCUUCUUGGGCGUCAAAGAGCUCUCCUUCGCCUCGCCAAUGAGCGACCGCGCCGGGGAGGGCGUGUGCCGGGAGAUCGACUACGCCUCCUGCAAGCGCAUCGGCUCCAGCUACCGGGCCUUGCCCAAGACCUACCAGCAGCCCAAGUGCAGCGGCAGGACGGCCAUCUGCAAAGAGGUGCUGAACGACACCUGGGUCUCGUUCCCCUCCUGGUCUGAAGACUCGGCCUUCGUCAGCUCCAAGAAAACCCCCUACGAGGAGCAGCUGCACCGGUGUGAAGACGAGCGCUUUGAGCUGGACGUGGUUCUGGAGACCAACCUGGCCACCAUCCGCGUACUGGAGAGCGUGCAGAAGAAGCUGGGCCGGAUGUCGCCGGAGGACCAGGAGAAGUUCCGGCUGGACGACUGCCUGGGCGGCACCUCGGAGGUCAUCCAGCGCCGCGCCGUCUACCGGAUCUACGGCGACAAAGCGCCCGAGAUCAUCGAGAGCCUCAAGAAGAACCCCCUCACCGCCCUGCCGGUCGUCCUGAAGAGGCUGAAGGCCAAGGAGGAGGAGUGGCGAGAGGCCCAGCAGGGCUUCAACAAGAUCUGGCGGGAGCAGUACGAGAAGGCCUACCUCAAGUCCCUCGACCACCAGGCCGUGAACUUCAAGCAGAACGACACCAAGGCGCUGCGCUCCAAGAGCCUCCUCAACGAGAUCGAGAGCGUCUACGACGAGCACCAGGAGCAGCACUCCGAGGGGAGGGGCGCCUCCAACGAGCCCCACCUCAUCUUCGUCUACGAAGACCAGCAGAUCCUGGACGACGCGGCCGCCCUGAUCAGCUACUACGUGAAGCGGCAGCCCACCAUCCAGGCGGAGGACCAGGCCACCAUCCGCCAGAUCGUCCACCACUUCGUCCCCGACCUCUUCUUCUCCCGGCUGCCCGAGCCCCCCGCCGUCCCCGAGGAGCCGCCGAGCGAGGAGAAAGGGGCGCCCAAGGCUCACCCGCCGGACACGCGCGACCUGCGGAAGAGGGGCGCCCCCGCCGCUGCCCCCCCGGAGGAGAAGGGGCCCGCCCCGGCGGAGGCGCACGAGCUGCGGAAGAGGAACCCCCCUGGCCCGCCGGCCAGCCCCACGGAGGAGAAGCCCCCGGCCCCGGCGGAGGGCCACGAACUGCGCAAGCGGAACCCCCCGGCGCCCCCGGCCAGCCCGGCCAAGGAGAAGGGGGGCGCGGCCGGCGUGGCGGCCCCCUCCUCGGCCGGCCCCCGCCCCCCCGGCCUGGACGAGGCCUACGCCCUUUUCUUCGCCAACAACAACUGGUACUUCUUCCUGCGGCUGCACCAGACGCUCUGUGCCCGGCUGCUCAAGAUCUACCGCCAGGCCCAGAAGCAGCUGCUGGAGCACCGGACCGAGAAGGAGCGGGAACAGCUGCUGUGCGAAGGGCGGAAGGAGCGCGCCAACGACCCGGCCAUGGAGCUGCGCCUCAAGCAGCCCAGCGAAGUGGAGCUGGAGGAGUAUUACCCGGCGUUCCUGGACUUGGUGCGGAACCUCCUGGACGGCAACAUCGACCCCACCCAGUACGAGGACACCCUGAGGGAGAUGUUCACCAUCCACGCCUACAUCGGCUUCACCAUGGACAAACUCGUCCAGAACAUUGUCCGGCAGCUGCAUCACCUGGUGAGCGACGACGUCUGCCUGAAGGUGGUGGAGCUGUACCUGGGCGAACGGAAGCACGGAGCGGCCGGCGGCAACCUCUCCUCCCAGUGCGUGCGGGCCGCCAAGGAGACCAGCUACCAGUGGAAGGCCGAGCACUGCAUGGCCGACGAGAACUGCUUCAAGGUGAUGUUCCUCCAAAGGAAGGACCAAGUCAUCAUGACCAUUGAGCUGCUGGACACGGAAGAGACCCAAACGGAAGAUCCCACGGAGGUGCAGCACCUGGCUAAUUACGUGGAGCAGUACGUGGGGGUGGAGGGCGCCCCCAGCAGCCAGAACGAGGGCUUCCUCUUGAAACCCGUCUUUCUGCAGAGGAACCUGAAGCAGUUCCGCCGCUGGCAGUGCCAGCAGGUGCAGGCCCUGCGCGACAAGGCCAAGGGCUCCUGGAAGCAGCUCAUUGGUGUGGAGAGCGCCUGCGACGUGGACUGCAAGUUCAAGCUCACCACGCACAAGAUGCUCUUCGUCGUGAACGCCGAGGACUACAUGUACCGCCGCGGGGGCCUGUCCCGGGCCAAGCAGGCGCAACCCGCGGUCCUGCUGCGGCACCACCAGCGGUUCGAGGGCUGGCACCGCCGGUGGCUCUGCCGGCACGUCAGCCGCGAGGCGGCCGAGCUGACGCAGGACUGGCUGAUGGGAGACGAGGACGAGGACCUGGUGCCGUGCAAGACCACCCGCGAGACGGUCAGCGCCCACGGGGUGCCCGUCAACCGCUACCGGGUGCAGUACAGCCGCCAGCCCGCCUCCCCCUGAGCGCCGCAAAGGCCCCCCUCGGCGCGGACUCCGGGAGCACAGCGAACGCAUCCCUGGUAUUCAGCCAGCCGCCUUUUUCCUUUGGGUUGGGACUCGGGACCGUGACGGCGCCCUCACUCCCCGCGCCGCUGCGUUUGCCCCGGAGGGGACGGACCCCACAGCAGCAGGCCGAGCGCGGCCUUUGAACGGCGCCCCUCGGCUGAUGCGGAGGGGCUGGAAGACAUCAUCGUGGCUUGUUGGGGACUGCUGGGAAGACCCGGUGGGGGGACUUUAUUGCCGGGGAAGGGCCCUCGCCUCCCAUCACCAGGCAGCGAACGCCGAAGUGCGAGCCCUCAACCAGCAGGAAGCCGUUGCCUCUUUUUCCCUUCGCUGCGACGUGUGCGGCGUCUGUCCGUCCCCCCGUCCCCCGUCAGCCUUUUUGCGUGCAGAACUCCCCCGGGGCGAGUGGGGCUUUGUGCCAGGCUGGGUCUUCUGGCCAGCCGGUUCCCUCCCCUCCGGAGGACGGGGUCCUGGCGUUGAAUUUGGCACACGUGGCGUGGAAGGUCAAGGGGUCUCCCCACCUCCACCCCCAAGCCUCCUGCAUCUCCAGCCUGUGUGUCGCCCUGCCCAGGCUGUGGUCCAAAGGCCCCUUGCUACCAUGAAGGGGCCCCGCCUGGCUCCCCCACGGACCCCCCCCCCCCCAUUUGCAGGAGAGACAGCCAGAUACCAGUGGGCGAAGUCAGCCUACCACGCGCCCGUCAUCUGUCAGGGUAGGGUGGGGGCAGUUGGUGUGGAUUUUGGGGUUUCUUGUUCAGCCGCUGUUGCCGCUUUGCGUAAGGGGGCAGCUCUCCCCCCCUUCCUCCCCCCCCUUUUGGGGAGAAAUUCCCCUUCUUGCCUGGGGCCUUUCUCUCUCCCAGUGGCAAAAUGUGGGGAGUGCAGCCCCUUCCCUCACUGCCAAGGAAUAGAAGGGGGGUCCAGGCCCUCACUGCAGCCCCUGCCCUGUGCGGUGCGCCCCCCCCCUGGUGGCCUCUUCCAGUGAGCCCCCUCCCCUCCCCUCCCCAUUCUUCCUGCUCCUGCUGGUCCCAAGCAGGGAGGCGGAUCUGUCCAGUGCCAAACUCCGACAAGAAGCCACGGCGGAACAGGAGCUUUGUGGCUUUAACGUGUGUUUGAUUUGGGGGCAUCGUGAAAUUUUGGGGUCCCUCUCCCGUCCCGGUUCCAACCCAGCCCUCCUCCCCACUCAAUCUUUUAAAAGUAUACUUCGGGUCAUCUUUACGCAUCUCUUUAUUAUUUUAUGAAUCAAUUAAUUUAUAACCUGAGCGGACAAAGCGAGCCCCCCCCCCCCCGCCCCUGGUAGCCUUGCCCGGAGGGGUGGCGUAAGCCAGGCCUCCGCGAAGUCCGCAGGGGCCGGCCGGGAAGACGAGGCCAAUUCUUCUGUUUUUCUGAAGGAUCUCUUGCUUUUUUUUUAUUGUUUCCUUCGGGCUUGUAUUUGCUUUGCCAACUCUUUGAAUGUAGUUUUUAAAGAAAUAUUUAUUUGCACAUCAAGUAAAAUAAAACGUUAAUUUUAAAACGCA